UAAAAAAACCAUGCCAUGUGGUUUUUAGUUUGAUUGAACAAUUAUAGUUGUUCAGUUGCACUAAACGUUAGUCCAAAUGAACGUUAGUGCGAAUGUACGUUAGUCCAAUCAAUCAGUAGUGCAAACGAUACGACACCCACAAAUGCUCUCGGACGCCCAUGAAUUCCAAUCUUAGACGGGAUUAAUAAAAAAUAAUUCUACACAUGGCUGGGAUUUUUCCUAAUGAAUAUUAUCAUAUGGACUAUAUAAUAGUUAUUUUGAACAUUAGUUUAAAAGUACGUUAAAGUCUAAAUGAACGAAUUAAAUUCAAUCAAUCACGGAAGAAAAAUAAGUAGAUUGCGGCAAUAGCCGAAAUCAUGGCAGAAAUGCCAUCCCUCUCUCUCAGGCGCGCAGUGGUUGGUUAUUAAUAGUUAACGCGGCAUAAGGCAUUAAACCGUGCCCAAAGUGCAUGUGUUUUAAAUUUCGCGAGAAAAGUUCAUCGAUUGUGCAUAUUAUAUUAAUAUCUGAAUCACAGUACAAUGUUUUAUAAAAUUCCGUUAAAUAUUUAUUUCAGACUCAGCAAUAUUAGCUUGGCCGGGUCUGGUUUUGACAAUUGUGAUUUCCUGGUUCUAGAGAUGUUUAUAGUACGAGGAGGGAGGGGAAGACAACUAGCAAAGGAUGGAUACCUGUACACUGUGAAUAAUUCCAACAAUGGAGUUGCGUACUGGAGGUGUACUGAGCACAUCCGAGUUCAUUGCCCGGGAACAGUAAAAACAAGAGAUGUUGAGAACCUUACGGAUGCCGAGUUUAUCGGGUAUGGACACCCUCACAACCAUCCACCUGAUCAUCAGGCCUUGAUCAACUGUGUCUUUAUUGGAGAGAUAAAAGAGAAAAUCAGAGAAGACCCUUCAAGGAAAAUAAGGUCAAUUUGGAAUGAGCUGUGCGCUCGCCCCGGACAAAAUCCGGUGAACAUAAGAUACAGUGAUGCCAGGUCCGGGCUGUUUAAACACCGCAGGAAAUUCUAUCCACGCUCUCCCGCAUCCUGGUUGGACAUUGUUCAAUUACCUGGAAGUUGGGGCCACACUUCCAGUGGAAGCCGAUUCCACCUGACAACGAAUGUCCAGGAACAGUACAUAAUAUUCGUGAGCCGAAAUGGUUUCAAUGUUCUCUCCAAUACUAAUGAACUCUUCAUGGAUGGUACUUUCAAAUCACGUCCACGUGUUCUUGGGAUUGCGCAGUUGUAUAUAUUGAUGGGAAAAUUUCAGGGCUUCAAUAUUCCAGCUGCCUUCAUUCUGGUGGCGGGCAAAACCCAGGCGAAAUACGAAGCUAUUUUUCGUGAUAUCACUCAUCAUGCCAACCUUAGAAACUUGCCAAUUCAUCCAGGCUUAAUUGUGACCGACUUUGAG